GCGAGCGAUGAUGCGUUUCCUUCGACCCGUGUACGGCGUUGCACUUGAGGUGGAGGAAAUGGCACCCGUCAGGCACAGCAGUGGCCAGACAGUCAAGUAUCCUCCAAGUUGACACGUAAGCUGACACACGGAGCGGACUCUGCGGGCCACAGGAACAUGUUUGUUAGCGGAGAGGAGCCCGGGUGGUGUCGGACACGGAGGACAUAGCUGGAACAUCAAACUCUGGCAUCUGGGAACGUCACUGCUACUGUAGACACCUUGCACAGAAAUGACCAAAGAGCAGAAACAAAGCAGGGCGGAGACUUUCUCUCUGACUGGAUCUAAUGGUCACAGCGGCCAACAAUGGCAGACUGGCAUGAAUAACACGACCGAUCACCCUCCAGGGGCCAACCACAUGUCGAGGAUGGCCCGCGUCGCCUCACAUGUCAGGCUUAAGUGUGCGGCAUACGUGCUGGCGCUGAGACCAUGGAGUUUCAGUGCCUCGCUCACGCCGGUGGCCCUCGGCAGCGCCCUGGCGUACAAACUUGAUGGCUCUGUGGACUUGGUCAUCCUGAUGGUGUGUGCGGUGACCGUCCUUGUAGUCCACGGGGCAGGCAACCUUGUGAACACCUACUAUGACUUCUCCAAAGGGAUUGACCACAAGAAGAGUGACGAUAGGACUCUUGUGGAUGAAAUUCUCGCACCGCAGGAUGUUGUCAUGUUUGGAGCGUUGUUAUAUUCUUUGGGGUGUCUGUGUGCCACCCUGCUCUACUUCCUGUCUACACUCAGACUGGAGCAUCUAGCCCUUAUUUACUUUGGGGGACUAUCCAGCUCUUUUUUAUACACCGGAGGCAUCGGCCUCAAGUAUGUGGCACUAGGGGACGUGGUGAUCCUGAUUACCUUCGGCCCUCUGGCAGUCAUGUUUUCCCACGCAGUACAGGUUGGAUACCUAUCAGUGCUGCCUCUAGUGUACGCUGUCCCGCUGGCGCUCAACACAGAAGCCAUCCUCCAUAGCAACAACACCAGAGACAUGGACUCUGACAAGCAAGCAGGCAUCGUCACCCUGGCCAUCCUCAUAGGUCCUACGCUCUCCUAUGUCCUCUACAACCUCCUGCUCUUCGUCCCCUAUGUGCUUUUCUGCAUCCUCGCCACCCGUUACACCAUCAGCAUGGCGCUGCCUCUGCUCACGCUGCCAAUGGCCUUCCCCUUGGAGAGGCAGUUCCGCGGCCGAUGUUACGCCAAGAUCCCCCAGAAGACGGCCAAGCUCAACCUCCUCAUGGGACUUUUCUACGUGUUUGGAAUCAUUCUGGCACCUCCUGGUAGCUUGCCAUUACUGUGAUUCUCUAGGUUUGAUAUUUCAAAUUUCUUGUUUUAACACAGACUAGUUAAGUAUCUCCUUGUAUUUGUACAAAGCUAUCUGAAGACUUUCACUGGCUUUAAUUUAUUGUUUAAUUUAUAUGUCGAGCAGAGAUUUAAAUUAGGUCCUCCUCUGUGACACUGAAAACCUAAGCUUUUUUUUCCAGUAUUAAGCCUGCUGUAACAUGUCUAAAAUUAAAAAAUGUUUGUUAUUUGUAGAGGUGGGCAAUAUUUUCAUGUAAGGAUAGACAGUAAACCAACAGUUGCCAUAAUUUUAAAGACACAACCUGUAACAUUGAUUGUUAAAACCUCAAUAAAACUAUUUUCAACAUUGUACUCUCUGCACGGUACAUACUGUUCAUUGGGAUUUUCAAUAGUCCUUUCUGAGAUUGUAAUAAAACUCACUGCUGCUGAU